UGACACACUUCUCCAAAAUGCAGUGCAGGAGCGAAUCCGUUUCAAAAAUCGCGUUUUCUAGGUUGAGGAGUAUGUGGCAUCCCAACUCAUCUUGUUGCUUGCUUUUCUUCAAAAUUGAUUUUUCUUUUUUAAAUCUUCCACAGUGUUAAGAAAGUCCAGCUGAGAGAUGGUGACUAAGUGUUUAUAUACUAGGCAAUUUUCACCUUACAAGCCGGUUUUGUAAGGAUGAGUUAUGCCCAAUACUUAUUUCUAAGAACUAGUAGUAGAAGAUUUAUAUAUUAUGUUUUCAGUAGUGUUAGGAACACUCUCUUUCCAGCAUUCUCUAGCUAAUACUCUCUCUAAUUAGAUGAAACUCUUUCGGAACAUCAAACUUGAAAACUUGUUGUUUGUUAAUAGAUGAUUUGAUUUGCAUCGAAGAGUUAUAGCUAUUAAUAUGUUUCGUAAGAGAAAAUUGAGUUACAUUACAAGCUCUGAGAGGGAAAGAGUACAUGAAAAAAAUGAUGCAUCGAAUUAAAUUUAUUGUAAGAUUUGUUAAAGGAAGUUAGUUACAAGGAAUUAGUGGAACUGGUAGAAAUAUAUUAAGAAUGUGAAUAAUUUUAAAAUCAUUAGACUUGCUGUAUGAUUUGUUAAAGAAAGUUACUAAACAAAACAAGUAGUCAGCCACCGAUCGUUAGUUGGUUUAGUGGUGAUUGACGCUGGACUUGGUAGGGAGGAUUACGGUUCGAUCCUCCGCAAAUACGAUCGGGAGGGAGUUGGAACCACUUGAUGUAAGAACUGACCCCCGGGCCAGAUACUGGUCGUGAAGGAAAAAAAAAAAAAGUAGUCAGCACAUUCUGUUACUGUUAGAACCUGAAUUAGUUAAUUAGAAAGCUUCUAAAUUAAGUUAGUCAGAUGAAUUGGCUUGUGUAUGAGUCAUUACAUCACUUUGUAUAACUGCAUCAUUCAAAGUUCAAAAUUAUGAACCAAUGGCCAAUUCUCUCUACAAUUCCUUUCUUCUGAUUUCAUGAUAAGAUUAUAAGGAUAAAUAAGAGAGUCUAUCCAUAAAAAAGAGUUGUAUAAGGAUAGUAUUGCCUUGUUUAUAUUCUAUUUACUACAUAUAUAACUUCUAAUUUGUUUUUAAUAUUUUUAUUGUUUUCUCCUUUAUGUAUAAUAAUAAUAAUAAAAAAAUUGUGGUAUAAGGAUUUUUUUUUAUAAGCAAAUUGUUAGUAUAUUACAAUGUUAUGUUAGUUUUUCUCGUUGCCAGGACUUGAACCCUGGACCACCAACUCCUUAACCCUUAGCUCAACUUGAGCUGCCCAUCCCACCCAAGUGUGGUAUAAGGAUAGUUAUGCGUUGUUUAUUCCUUUUUCUUUUUUUGAUUUUGAUAAUUCAUUGUUUAUACUCUAUUUACUACAUAUAUAAUUUACUACAUAUAUAACGUGUUUGUAUUCUCUUUUUUUUUUUUUUGUUUAUAACCCUCUGGUUCCUAGGGGAAAUGGGCCCUAGUAAUCCAGAGUUCGGCCGCGAGAUAAGUAAAGUCUGACCAAGAAAUUGUUACACCCAGGAAUCGAACCCGGGUUCUCCUGAAAUCCGUCCUUUUUGGUGAAGCUCAUUAACCACUUGAGCCCAAUGACUUGGUUAACGUGUUUGUAUUCUAUCCAUAAAAAAAAGUUGUAUUAGGAUAGUAUUGCCUUGUUUAUGUUCUAUUUACUAUAUAUAAUUUUAAAUUUUUUCUAUUGUUUUCUCCUUUAUAUUAAUAAAAUAGAGUUGUAUAAGGAUAGUUUUGCAUUGUUUAUAGAAAAAAUUAAAAUUAAAAACUUGAGAACGAGAUAAAUUUAAGGACAUGUUUACUAUAAAUUUUUGUGUGGUUAAUAUAGCUAGCUAUUUUUAGACUAUUUUCGUCAAAUGCACAAUUAUGCAUAUUCAGCAAAAAAAAACAGUUUUGUUCUUUCCAAAAAUACUAACAUGGAAAACAAACACACAAAUCUUUGCUGUCUCUGCAGAAAAAGAAAAAAAAAACAGAACACAUUUAGAGAUUAGUUACAUUUUUCUGUUAUUUUGUACAUUCCAAUAGGUUUAGAAGUUAGCGAGGAAGAAAAAGAUUAGUUACAUUUUUCUGUUAUUCAUGCUCUUUGCACCUGUAUAUUAAAAUUAUAGUUUGUUACCAUUUUUUCUCUGUUUUCUUUCUUUCUUAUAACCUCCUUAUUUGUAAUUUCACCACAUAUAAAUACGACCCAAGAAAUUAAGUGUGGCCAUAGCAUUAUUAAGUAGUGUUGUGCCACAAAAACAACAUAAAGAUCAAUCAUAUUUAAAUAGUUUGAUCUGAAUUGCAUUUGACAUAAUUAAGAAUAAUGUUUACACUUACACGUUUGAGAAACUGGUACUCGGGCGUGAAAGUCGCACCUGUUAUUAAUGGUGAGAAACAACAUGUAGCUGUUUUGGCAUUCCCAUUUGGAACACAUGCUGCUCCACUUCUUAGCCUUGUGAGAAGAAUUGCUGCAGAAGCUCCUAAUGUACAAUUUGCAUUCUUCAGCACAAGCCAAGCAAAUGCUAAAUUAUUUCCUGGUUCAAGUAAUCAUGAUGAGUUUCUUCCUAACAUAAAACAUUACAAUAUUCAAGAUGGAUUACCAGAAAAUCAUGUGCCUUCAGGAAACCCACUUGAACCAAUUAUUCUAUUCAUUAAUGCAAUGCAAAUAAACUACAAGAAUGUUAUGGAUGCAGUUGCGGCAGCAACAGGGAAAAACUUUACUUGUUUGGUUACCGAUGCUUUUUUUUGGUUUGGUGCGGAUCUAGCUGAAGAAAUGAAUGCCAAAUGGGUUCCUCUUUGGACUGCAGGGCCUCACUCUCUCCUCACACAUGUUUAUACAGAUCUUAUUAGAGACAAUUACGUCAAGGAAGACCAUGUAGAGAAAAACUUUGAUUUCCUUCCUGGAUUUCCUGAGCUAAGGGCUUGUGAUUUGCCUGAAAUGAUAAUAGAUGAUGAUAUAAAGGGACCAUUUGGAACAAUGUUACAUAAAAUGGGACUACAGUUACCAAGAGCAACUGCGGUUGCCAUAAACUCGUUUGAUACAGUACACAAACCUAUUGGGAAUGAGUUGAAAAGCAGGUUCAAAUUGCUACUAAAUGUUGGUCCAUUCAUCUUGACAACACCGCAAAGUAUGGUUCCUGAUGAACAUGGAUGCAUAGCAUGGUUGAACCAACAAGAAAAUUUGUCAGUAGUGUAUAUUAGCUUUGGAAGUAUAGUAGUACCCCCACCUCAUGAACUCACUGCAUUGGCAGAAGCUUUAGAAGAAUGCGGAUUUCCAUUUAUUUGGGCCUUUAGAGGUAAUCCAGAGUCAUUGCCAAAUGGGUUUGUGGAAAGAACAAAAACACAAGGAAAAAUUGUUGCAUGGGCUCCUCAAUUUGAAAUCCUUAAACACCCAUCAAUUGGUGUGUGUUUGACACAUUCUGGUUGGAAUUCAGUGUUGGAUUGCAUUGUUGGUGGUGUGCCAAUGAUUAGUAGACCAUUUUUUGGAGAUCAGAGAUUGAAUGCAAGAAUGUUAGAAGGUGUUUGGGAGAUUGGUUUGGGUCUUGACAAUGGUGUAUUGACUAAAGAAUCAACUAUGAAUGUUUUGAAAUCAACAAUGUCAACUGAGAAAGGGAAAAUAAUGCGCGACAAGAUUUUGAAACUCAAGGAAUCUGCAUUGGAAGCUGUUGAAACAAAUGGUACCUCUGCAAUUAAUUUCAAUACUUUGAUACAAAUUGUCACUAGUUAAGUCUAAUUUUUAAGAUAUCUAGUUACUUACUGUAUUUUUUUUUUUUUUUUCUUUCUUUUAAUCAUGUAGUUACUUAGCUUGUAUAUUCAUUUAUACAUGUUUUAAAAUAGCUUGAUGAAUAUGUACCAAAAUUGUCAACAAAA